UCAGUAGCACAUGAGAUUCAACGGCGGGGUGUCGUUGCGUUGCCGCCGUACGAAUAACAAUAAAAUCAACCUAACAGGGCUUCCAGUGUACUAAUUUUAUACAUUACUAAAACAAAAGUUUUGUUUAGUGUUUGUUGUGAUUUAGUUUCUUCGUACCUGUGUGGAUUUAUACUUGCGAUCAGCAGGGAUUGGUGUCGCAAGAUGGUCAGUGCGCGAUGACGCCGGGCAUAAAGAUGGAGUCAAAGAGCACGCAGAUCCACCUGCCGCUGAUCGGGCGUGGCAGCCGCGGUGAUCUCAACGAAAAGGUCACUUUCUCACAACUCAAGUCGCCAGAACAGCUCAAUAAUGGACAACUCACAGGUGGCUCACAAAUGAAUUUAUGCAACGGUGGCGCGGGCACCGCAGCGAUGACGGGGCUCGUGCCCAAGGUGCACAACGAUUGCGGCGACCAGAAGAAGCCCAUGGCCUCCCUCACACAUCUGCCCAAGCGACCACCUGUCGACAUCGAGUUCUCGGAGUUAUCGUACUCAGUAAGCGAGGGCAGGAAGCGCGGCUACAAGGCGCUGCUAAAAGGCAUUAAUGGCACAUUCCGUUCCGGCGAGCUCACUGCCAUCAUGGGACCUUCUGGCGCCGGGAAGAGCACCCUCAUGAAUAUAUUGGCGGGAUACAAAUCUUCGUAUGUAACGGGGUCCAUUCUCAUAAACGGCAAAGAGAGGAAUCUGCGGCGGUUUCGGAAGCUCUCCUGCUACAUAAUGCAGGACGACUGCCUCCUGCCGCACCUCACCAUCCGGGAAGCGAUGUACGUGUCGGCCAACCUCAAGCUAGGCAAAGACAUGACCGCUGCAGCCAAGAAGAUAGUCAUCGACGAGAUCCUAGAGAUGCUCAGUCUCGUGGAAGCGGCGGAUACGCGCACGAUAAACUUGUCGGGCGGACAAAAGAAGCGGCUGUCGAUAGCUUUAGAGUUGGUCAACAAUCCACCGGUGAUGUUCUUCGACGAACCGACGUCAGGGUUGGAUAGCUCAUCUUGCUUCCAGUGCAUAUCUCUGCUGAAGUCGCUGGCGCGCGGCGGCCGCACCAUCAUCUGCACCAUCCACCAGCCCUCCGCCAGGCUAUUCGAGAUGUUCGAUUUCCUGUACACGCUGGCGGAGGGUCAGUGCAUCUAUCAGGGCCGGGUCAGCGGCCUCGUGCCCUUCUUAUCGUCCAUGAGCCUACAUUGCCCCAGCUAUCAUAAUCCUGCGGAUUACGUGAUGGAGGUGGCGACGGGUGAGCACGGCGACUGGGUACACAAGCUGGUGAUGGCGGUGAACAAAGGUGGUUGCGGGCGAGGGAACAACUCCUCUUCCUCCUCCUCCUCCGCCUGUUCCGCCCCCGCGGCUGCCGGCCCCGCCCUCGCGCCCGCCCCCGCCCCCACCGGCCCCGCCCCCGCGAACAACUGCAACUACAACAACCUCAAGACCAAUGUCAAUAACAAGGAUGCCUUACAAAUUGUCGUAGACAAACCCACGUGCACUGUGAUAGACCUGUCGGAGCCGCCUCUGAACACGGAGAAGCCGGCGGCGGGCAACCUGGCGCCCGUCACCUGCACCACCUCGCUGCUCGACUCCAGCGAGAGUUUCACCAAGAAGCCGGUGAAGGCGGGCUUCCCCACCUCCGGCUGGAAGCAGUUUUGGAUCCUGCUCAAGAGGACCUUCCGCAGCAUCCUGCGGGACCAGAUGCUGACGCACCUGCGCCUCUGCAGCCACACCGUCGUCGGCCUCCUCAUCGGCUUCCUCUACUACGACAUAGGACACGACGCCGCCAAAGUGAUGAGCAACGCCGGUUGUAUAUUUUUCACCGUCAUGUUCACCAUGUUCACCGCUAUGAUGCCUACUAUACUUACAUUCCCGACAGAGAUGAGCGUGUUUGUGCGAGAGCAUUUGAAUUAUUGGUAUUCCCUGAAGGCGUUCUACUUCGCAAAGACAAUGGCGGACUUGCCUUUCCAGAUAGUAUUCAGCGGCGUGUACGUGAUAAUAGUGUACUUCAUGACGGGGCAGCCGAUGCAGACUGACCGCGUGCUGAUGUUCACCGCCAUCAAUAUCCUGACGGCGCUGGUGGCGCAGUCGCUGGGCCUGCUCAUCGGCGCCGCCAUGAAGAUCGAGACCGGAGUCUACCUCGGCCCGGUCACCACCAUACCUGUGGUCCUCUUCUCCGGAUUCUUCGUCAACUUCAACGCCAUACCUAGUUACCUGCAAUGGCUGACGUACCUCAGUUACGUGCGGUACGGUUUCGAAGGCGCGAUGCUGUCGGUGUACGGGUUCGGGCGAGAGAAGCUGCACUGCUCCGAGGCGUACUGCCACUUCCGCAACCCUGACAUGUUCCUCAACGAGAUGACGAUGGACAAGGCGAACUUCUGGGUGGACGUCGCCGCUCUCAGCGCGUUCUUCGUUUUCAUUAGAGUAAUCUCUUAUUUAGUUUUAAGGUUCAAGUUGAAGAUGAUGCAGUAGCUUGUUUAGCACAAAGCGGCGCGGCGCGGCGCGGCUUCUUUAUAUAUCCACGGUUGGAAAUCACGUCGUAUGGUACAGUUACUGUAAGUUACUGUGUGGUGUCAGGUGUACUGUACGCAGUUACUAUGUGGUGGUGUCCGGUCGUACCUACCGUGAUGUGAUCGUGUUGUGGUUGCUUUGCGUAACUGCACUGAGUUGGAAGCUUGGACGUGUGGUUGCUAUAUUUUCAUAUAGCUUUCCCUUUAAUGAUGCAACUAUAGAAAUGCGAGACAUGUUUUUUUAUAUUUUUAAUAGUGAUAAUUUUAUCAAAACCAAAGAUUACACGCGGUGUUGGAAAAAAAAGUAAUUUAACGUCUUUGGGACUCUAAAACGAUAUAUUUGACAUUUGAAUUAAGUUAUAGAUAACUAAAUUUUUCUAAAAUAGACAGCUUUAUUUUAUAUGGUCAAAAUGUAAUGUGAUAUUUUUUUUCAAUGAUGCGGGUAGUUCGAAGUUUGUUGCUAAAACAAUUUUCCAUAUAUCAAAUAAAAAACUGCCAUGUGUCACUGAUAAAUGUUAAUCGAGUGCGUCAUGUUGUAAUCCGAGUGGUAUUUAGACGAGAUUGCAUAUCAUACAGUUAAAUUCAAAUUAUGUUUUUAAAGUACCUUCAAUUGACAGGGUGUUGGAACUUUAGUGUGGAUGGUUGUAUGUCUGAAAGUGGAACCAAAUUGAUGACUUGUAUGUAUUUAUGGCUGUGAAAUCUCAUAAAAAGGUGAUGCACUUAAAAAGAUUAAGCCUAACACGGGGUAGUGAAUCAAUGUUUGUAUUUAUUUUGAUUUAAACUUAUAAAUAAUGUUUUGUUAUCGGUACCAAUUUAACAGUAUUAAAGAAAUUGUUUUAGCAAAACACUUCACAUUCCUAUCGUUUAUAAUGUUGCCCUGAUAAUUUUUUUGUUAAAUAAUAAUGAUUGCCAGGAUGAAGGUACAAUUCCCUACCUCCUGGUUACCAUAGGAAUCCGCUGCCGUGACUCUUGCAAAAUAUUGUCAUCCCUUACCUUCCGAUUGAAAAAACAGAGACCGCACUAUUUAAUUCAAGUGUUACGGCAGUCGAAACCCACAGUAUUAUAGUCAAACAAGGAUAUCUCGGCCGGUGAGAGUUGUUAUAGCGCUUAGUUCUGUCAGAACAUAUUUAUAUCGAUAUGGACAUAGAAAAGGGCAAAAAGAACAAACUUUAAUGACAGCUACAGUAUAAAAAGGAUCUUGCGACAAUUUUAGCAUUGGCAGGAGGGCGCUAGUGAGCUAUUUUAGUUUGACUUAUGGCCACCGGGUUAGAUAUCCUUGUCCGUCUAUAAAAUCGAAUGUAAUGUGGUACAUUUGUAUGUUUCAGGAUACGAGGUAAUUAGUUAAAUGUAGAACUUUAGUUUUCGAAAUAUCUAGCUUGAUAGUACGCAAUAGUUUGUUUAUACGUAAACUUAUAGGUUAGUUGAUAAGGUUUUAUAGAAGAUCGGGCCCAUGACUUAACUUUAAGUUACUUAAAUCGUAAUUAAAUGAUAUUAUUUUAUUUGUAUUUAUGAGCUCACGACGUGGACGUUUCUACUUAUGCCAUUGUCAAAAUGACAGCUGUCAGAAUGACGUCAACGUGUCAUUGAAAUUAAAUGUAACAGAUACUCGUUGUUUUGACAAUUGGUAAAAUUUACUCAAUUCAUCAUUACAUUCUAGAUAUUAAUUAGAUUCUUGAAUACCUUACAUUACGCUAAAGAUUUUUUGGUAAAUCUCUAUGUCUAUCCUAAUUACCAGUAUUUAUUAAUUAUUAAUAAACGACUGUGAUUUUUA